GGAAAAACCACCGCGCUUUUCGUGCAGGCUUGCAAGUUGUUUUAGAGAGGUUCUAGGUGGAGAUUGAGAGUGUGAAUGCUCCUCUGCUGGUGUUUGGUUUAGGUUGUGCUAGCUAGUUAGCAUGUUUUCUUUUUUGCUUUGCUACUCCGUUAGCUGUUAGCACAGUAACACGGAAAAUACCUACAAUGAGGUGCAGUCAACCAAAAGGGCCGACCCCAACGAGCUCAAGCUCAUCUUCCAAAAGUAUGCCAGCAUCGUGGAUAAGGAUGGCGAGCGCUUUAUGACCCCCAGCGACUUUGUGCAGAAGUAUUUGGGCCUCCACACACAGAUCCAUCACAACCCCAAAACUGUGCAGCUGCUCGCCGGGGUGGCAGACACCACCAAGGACGGGCUGAUUUCGUUCCAGGAGUUUCUGGCCUUUGAGUCUAUCCUCUGUGUGCCAGAUGCUCUUUUCAUCGUGGCCUUCCAGCUGUUCGAUAAAACCGGGACCGGAGACAUCUCUUUCGAAAAUGUGCGUGAUAUAUUCAGCCAGACGACGGUGCAUCACCACAUCCCCUUCAACUGGGACUGUGAGUUCAUCCGCCUUCACUUUGGCCACGACCGAACCAAACACCUCAGCUACCUGGAGUUCACCCAGUUCCUGCAGGAGCUGCAGUUGGAGCACGCCCGGCAGGCGUUUGCACAGAAGGACAAAGCCAAAACCGGGAUGAUCUCUGCUAUUGACUUCAGUGACAUCAUGUCCACCAUCAGACACCACAUGCUGACCGGUUUUGUUGAGGAAAAUCUGGUCUCAGCAGCCGGUAGCGGCACCUCUCACAUGGUCAGCUUCUCCUACUUCAACGCCUUCAACUCGCUCCUCAACAACAUGGAACUCAUCCGCAAAAUCUACAGCACGCUCGCCGGCAGCCGCAAAGACACGCUCGUGACUAAAGAGGAGUUUGUCCAUGCUGCAAACAAGUUUGGUCAGAUCACUCCUAUGGAGAUCGAUAUUCUGUAUCAGCUCUCUGGCCUGCACUCCCAAACUGGGCGUCUGAACCUGGCUGAUAUUGAGCGGAUAGCUCCUCUGGAGGAGGGCGCGUUGCCUUAUCACCUAGCAGAGGCGCAGAAACAGAUGCACGGCGAUGUGUCUCGUCCCAUCUGGCUCCAAGCUGCUGAGUCAGCGUAUCGCUUCACCCUGGGCUCUUUAGCUGGAGCGACGGGAGCGACAGCGGUGUACCCUAUAGACCUGGUGAAGACACGGAUGCAGAACCAGCGCUCCACCGGCUCCUUUGUAGGAGAGCUCAUGUACAAGAACAGCUUCGACUGCGCCAAGAAAGUCCUGCGUUACGAGGGCUUCUUCGGCUUCUACAGAGGUCUUGUUCCUCAGCUCAUUGGUGUGGCUCCAGAGAAAGCUAUCAAACUCACUAUGAACGACUUUGUGAGGGAUAAAUUCUCCGAAAAAGACGGUUCGAUCCCUCUGCCUGCUGAGAUCCUGGCCGGUGGAUGUGCUGGUGCUUCUCAGGUGAUUUUCACCAAUCCUCUUGAGAUCGUGAAGAUCCGUCUCCAGGUCGCCGGUGAGAUCACCACGGGCCCCCGAGUGAGCGCGCUCAGCGUGAUGCGAGACCUCGGCUUCUUCGGGCUCUACAAGGGUGCAAAGGCUUGUUUCCUGCGUGAUAUUCCCUUUUCUGCGAUCUACUUCCCUGUGUACGCUCACACUAAAACAGCGUUCGCUGAUGAGGACGGAAGACUCGGCGCGCUGCAGCUGCUCACCGCCGGCGCCAUCGCAGGAGUCCCGGCUGCCUCGCUGGUCACCCCCGCUGACGUCAUAAAAACGCGACUGCAGGUGGCGGCUCGUGCAGGUCAGACCACCUACAACGGGGUUGUGGACUGCUUCCGCAAGAUCAUGAGAGAGGAGGGCUUCAGAGCUUUCUGGAAAGGAGCUGGAGCUCGUGUUUUCCGCUCAUCGCCUCAGUUCGCUGUGACCCUGGUUACCUACGAGCUCCUGCAGAGAUGGUUCUAUGUCGACUUCGGUGGACACCGUCCGUCCGGUUCGGAGCCGACGCCGAAGUCCCGUAUCUCCGAGCUCCCACCGGUGAACGCCGAGCACGUCGGAGGAUACCGGCUCGCCGCCGCUACGUUCGCCGGCGUCGAGAGCAAAUUCGGACUCCACCUGCCCAAAUUCAAAUCGUCCGGCGUGGUCAGCAUCCAGCCCGCUAAAGAGGCGGCUUCUUAAGCAGGCCCCGCCCACUCCGGUCCUGUCCUUCUGCGGCUGUGUGUGUGUGCGUGUCCAUCAUCCAGCCUGCUUUGCUCCUGUUUUUAGUUUCAGUCUGUUGUCGUCGUCGUCGUCGUGUGGUGGAGGGAGACGGUGGGUUUUAUUUACUGAUAGUUCAUCAGUGCCUCCUCAGUUUCGACUGAAUGUUUCAGUUAACACAUUAUAAUGAGCUGCGUGAGCCUCUUUAUUUUUUAUUUUUUUUUAAUUAAUCUGACUGUUUAAGCCAGGACGUUUUUCGCCGUAAGCGCAGCGCGAACUCUGGUAACUUGGGACAGUUGUGGUUGCCAGAUCCUCUUCAAUUCCUUACCGUAUAUAUUUUAUUGAUAAAAAUGACCGCUGCGUGUGUAUGUAAAUACUUCUACAUUAGUUACUGAUCGCUCUGAGAUGAUUUAGAGGCGUACGGCAGCUUUUAAACCACCGUCCGAUCUGGCAACCCUGUCGAUCAGACGAACGCAUUUUAAACGGAAGGUACGAAAGUAAACGUACCGAGCGUGAAAUUGACACGUCCUGUGAGAAAUCAGCAACGUAGUUCUGUUCAGAUAAAAUCCCAUCUAAAUUUAAAGACUGAAAUAACUGCUAUUUUUGACCUUAACACUACAACGCUUUUUCUCGCUCUGUUACAUUCCAUACCCGCUACCGUUACGAUAAAUAUACCUCCUCUUACUAAAUACGAGACCAAUAGAGGACCGAGUCGGCUGUUACAGAUCGAAUACUAUUUUGGUGAAGAUGUCGAAAAAGGGGUACGAGAGGACGUCUGUUUAUUUAUUUAUUUUUUUAUUUGUUUCCAGGUAAUAACGAGCACCUAAUCUUCUCAUUAAGUGAGUGAUGCGUAAAAAUAAUCCCAUCACUUUCUUUCACAGCACAAAUAAAAACGGACGCAGCAGUGGAUCAGAUCAGAAAAUCUGAUUCCAGUCCAAUAAUUCAGAUUAAUGGUUAUACCACAUCAACAAAUUUUAAAGAAGUAUGGCUGUAAUGCUCCCUUUAAUCCGAGAGUAAACAAUCGUCCAAUACGUAUUUAGCGUGUGAAGUUUGUUUAGCUUAAAGUCGAACAAAACGUGUGCAUGUCCACCACGAUGCCUGACGGGGCAAAUCUGUGAACGUUUUUAUUUAUUUUUUUUGACAGAACACUCCUAAAUUUACCUUAAAGUAUCGAGGCACGUCGACAGGCAGCUAUCAUCUACACGCUCGCUCUGAUGAGAUUUAACGCCAUCGCCGUGCGUCGCUCCUCUUUACGGUCCUGUUCUCAAUCAUUUCACGACUUUAGCAUUUCAGUACGACUUAUUACAAUCACGCACAAAUAAAUUAGUUUUAUGAUCGAUUUUCUCCUCCUGUCCCACUUGACCUGAGUUUCCUGUGUUCGUGUGUGUGUUGCAGCUAAUCCUCUCUCUCCAUCAUCAUUAUUAUUAUUAUUAUUAUUAUUAUUUUGCUGGUGUUUAGGAAGCCCCUCCUCCUCCUUCUGUGUAAUUAAAGCAUGCUCUCUGUAGAGCCCUUCCUCCUCCUCCCAUAAUGCUUUGCGUAGCUUGCACAGGCCCUGUACAUAGUUGUACAUCUCUUUUGCACAGAGGAGCGCGGUGCAGUCGUCUUCAUCUGGGCCUCUCACUGACGCGUGUACAGAGGUUCCCCAGCUCCUCUCACUGAUCAAAAUCAGACAAGAGGCAAAUAAAAAUAAAGAAUAAAAUCAGUUAUAAGAUGGAAUAAUCCACCUGAUGUUUAGGAGAUAAUUUAAAUGCAUUUCAUUCUUGUAUUGUAUUUUAUGGCAAUAAAUCAUGUACUGUUAAAAUUUUAAA